GAAUUUGUGCUCCCCGCUCUAAUCACUUAAAUUUUAACAGGCACACGAAUUUCCAUAAGCACUGAUUGUCUUUAAUAGUAUUUCGGUGCCUCUUUGAAUUAAAUGUAAAAUCUACAUUACUGACAGACAAUUAUAAAUUCGUUCAAAAUCUCGAGAAACAAGUGAGUCAAGUUUGCAAUAUAGGACUUUGCAAUUUGCGUAGUAAUGUCCUUUUCAUUAUAACAAGUGAAAAAGUCAAAUGGUCAAAGGCUAAUCAGAAUGACUGAUCAAGAUACAAACAAUAAUAUUCUUCCGUUACGGGAGAAUUUGGUAAAAACAGCAGUACAGUUUUUACAAAAUCCUAAAGUGUUGUCGAGUCCAUUGUCGCAAAAGCAGGAAUUUCUGAAAAGGAAAGGCCUCACGGAUGAAGAGAUUAAAACAGCUUUCAAACUAGCAUCUGUUGACAAUAUAGCUGAUCGCAAUGCUCUUCAGAAUCCAUAUACUUCUGUACAAAUACCAUCGGAAUCUAUUCAUCCAUAUCAUCAAAUGAAUGUUUAUCAACCGACAUUUUUGUCGAAAAUUAAAGAAUUUUUUAAUGCAACUGCAUUAAUUGGUGUCACAGUAUACUGUGCAUAUUGGUUUUAUAAGAAAUUUAUAGAACCCUUUCUGUUUGGUCGGAAAAAGAAAAGGUGUUGCAUAGAAGAUAAGGUAACCGAACUAGAUGAAACCAUUCAAAAUUCCAUGAAAGAAGUGAAAGAUUCUAUCUUGAAGAUAGAAGGUGAAGUGCAAAAAUUGACUCGGCAUCAAGCAUUGGAUCCAACUAUCCCACAAUUAGUGCAAGAACUUAAACAUGAUUUAUCUAGUCUAAAAGCAUUACUUUUAUCAAGAAAACAAUUUCCUACUGCCCCUGCAUCUAUACCACCAUGGCAAUUGGGUGCAACAAAUGUAAGCCAAGAAAAAGCAACUGAACGAGAAGACGAUGCUGGAAGUGGUAGCAGUACUAAUAAUUCCGAUAGUUCUUUGGAAAUGAUUCGAGAAGAUCCACCUAAGGAAUAAGUUUUGAAUUCAAUCAUAAUUACUUCCGUAAUGAUAGUCUUCGAUAUACGCGAUUAUUUUGGUAUAAUGUUGAAAGCAAAAGGAUUAUAAUUUUAAUAAAUACUACAUGACAGAUUACAGGGAUGCUUGAUAUUAUUUUUAUACAGGAUGUUUGAAAAGAAAAUAAUCGAAGAAUCUGAACCCUAUUUUAGCAUCUUGUGCUUAUACUAGUUGCAUCGAUCUGUAUUUUUGGUAAUAUUCAUAACUUUGUCAAUGUUUUAAUAUCUAUCAAACAAUGUUCCAUUACAAAGAACUUUUAUGUCAUUUACCAGAAUAACAUAGCAAAUCAAUUGAAUAAAUGUAUUAAACCAA